AUUUGCGUCUCGAAAGUAUCGAAGGUAGGUCCUUUUAUUGGCGCUUGUGUGCCUGGAAGUUGCUGGAGUCGCGAUGGAAACUAGAAGCACGGGCCUGCUGUAGCCUGGCGACUUAUGACGGUCUAAAUACCGCUCCUCUUGAUGAACAAACAGACAAACAGCAAUUCUCGCAUUGUGGUUCUUUUUCUAUCCCAUCAAAUGUGAAAGAAUUUCUCAGAACCCCCUAGUACUCUGUUUCAGUCUAUUAUUUACCAUAAUUCGAAAUGGCGGCUGUCGAAGGCGAGAAGAGUCGUCUCUUAACCAUGCCCUUGGAGAUUCUCCAACAGAUUGUACGGCACCUCACAACUCCAGAGUACGCUCAACUUCGCUUGACUUGCAAGCAUUUGGAAGCAUCGGUCUUCAAUGCGUUCUCCAAAGAGUUCUUCCGCAAGAAGCAAUUCAUGCUCACUCUUUUCAGCUUGCAAGCUUUGGUUGACAUUUCCAAAUCCAGGCUUGCUGAUGGCUUGAAGCAUAUAAUCAUUAAUGUCGAGCGUCCAUCUCGGCACCUCAUGCCGGCCCACUUGCCUAAUGUGAGAGCCACAGCUGAUGUCCGACGCAGAACGAACAGUUAUCGUGAGACAUACAUAGACCAUCUCGCUCUCAUCGAAAGCGGGCAUGAUAUCGACAUGAUGGCUCAAGCUUUCGCGAAUCUGAAGAAUCUUGAAACUGUGGAAUUGCGAGAUUUCGAUUCAGAAUCCCGUUAUCGCGACAACACUAGCUGGAGAAGCUACGGAAAGACUACAUAUAUUCAAGAAACAGGUGCGCAAUUGGAAAUACCGGGCGAUCAUGGUCGCUUCUCCAAUGCCAUGGACGGCGGCAAUGACUGGGCCAGUCGCUUGUUCCAAAAUAUGCUACGAGCUUUGGGCAGAACUUCUAUUCGCCCGACACGUUUUGAAGUGAAUCUGAGACGCUCUGGUCUUGACGACAAAGCUUUCAAGAUUCAGAAAUACGAUGAGUCUAGCAUUGUUUCAGUGCUAGCGAAGCUUGAGACGUUCUAUAUGGAUCUUAGCUCGAACUUCAUCUUCGCGCAAGUAGCCAGUCAAGACCAGGAUAAUGGCGCUACCCAGUGCUUCAGUUAUUACCUUCGAAAAUUCCUUCGCCAUAUCGACAAGAUCCAACAUUUGAGGCUUAACUUCAAACGUUUCACCGGAAGUGAAGUGCAGGACUUUCUGUCUUGGCUCUCCAAGACUCCGCAAACUUCAUCUCUGAACACAGAUGCACAAAAUCCUGACGUGCUUCCUGAUGCUCCACCAUCAGUACUGUUCAGAAAUCUACAGCGAUUAGAGAUCGGCAAGCUUGCUGUGGAAUCGAAUACCUUACUGGCUUUGCUCCGCAAGCACAAAGCAACCUUACGAGCUGUCCAAUUUCACCUGGUAAGCAUUGUGGACAACAGUUCAUACCACAGCAGAGUCAACCAUUGGAGCAAGUUCUUCGGUCAUAUGGCUAAAGCGGGCCUUGACCUCAAUCAUAUAACGAUGUCCUUGCUGAGCCAGGAGAAAUUCACUGUAUACAAGCGACAUGUCUCAUUCAAGGACUGUCCCCGGGGCCCCCGCGUUUGGGAAGGCCAGGACCUGCCAGGCGCUCUCAAAGAUCUCAUGGACACUGUCACUGUUGAUUGGCCGACCGAGGACACUGACAGCGGUCGUGUUGAGAGUGAUGAGGAUAGUGACGAUGAUUCUCUCGGCGAUCUCAUUGACGAUGAGAUAGAGGAACUCAACGCCUAUGAAUAAGACGGAAGUGAUGACGGUGAUGACGGUGAUGACAUGAUUGGAGAUCUUCUUGCAUUGUCCCCGGGAUUAUCGAUUCCCGUGCACGUGCCGUGAGAUCUAUUACAGGUAUUUGAAUUAGGGCGCAGCAGGCGAAAUGGGUCAAUCUGACUCUCAACAUGGGCAGUGCAUAUCUGGUAAUUCUAAACCAUUUAUGGCUUAUGGCCAAGGAUUUGAGAGGAUAUCAAUACUCCCAAAAAAAUUUUUAUCACCGACUAUACAACGUUAUACUAAAUAAUUGAACGGCGCACCGACGUGCUACAAGUAUGUGCGGCGUGUUCGACUACGAUAGUCAUGUGGGUAGGGACGAUUUCAAAAACCAAUAAUGUCAGGUUUUAAUAAAUCAUACACUAGAUGAAUUUUGUAG